AAAAAUUUCCCAGAAAUGUUGAAAUGUGGACCCCAGCAGUUUCACUGUGAAAGUAUGUUUUUCUCCACGUUUUCAAACUUUAAAACGGGUCCAUUUUACCCCGCAGGACGACAUGAGGGUUAAGUACACUGCCCAUCCCUCCCAAAAAAGUUACACACUCUAAUAUUUCAUUGGACUGCCUUCAACACAUUCACUGUGACAUUGUUUCAAUAAGCUUCUGCAAUGUCACAGCAUUUAUUUCUGUCCAGAGAUGCUUUAAUUUUCUACCAAGAUCUUUAACUGAUGAUGGGAGAGUCGGAAUGCUGCUCAAAGUCUUCUCCAGAACAUCCCAAAGAUUCUCAGUGGGGCUGAGGUCUGGACUCUGUGGAGGACAAUCCAUCUCAUGCUCCCUGAUCCACUCAUUCUCAAUGUGAGCCUCAUGAAUCCUGGCAUCAUCAUCUUGGAACAUGUCCAUGAACAUCAGGGAAGAAAAACUCCACUGAUGUAAAGACCUGCUCAUUCAGUAUCUUCAGGUAGUCAGCUGACCUCAUUCUUUGGGAACAUAACGCUGCUGAACCUGACCAACCACAGAUCAUAACUCUAACCCCCACAGGCUGGUAGGCACUAGUCAUGAUGAGUGCAUCACUUCAUCCACUUCUUUUUUAACCCUGAUGCCCCCAUCACUUUGGAACAGGGUAAAUCUGGACUCAUCAGAUCACAUGACCUUCUUCUAUUGCUCCAUAGUCCAAUAUUUUUGCUCCAUAGCAAACUGAAUUCUUUUUUCCUGAUUUCCUCCCUGAUCAGCGGUUUUCUUAGAGCUACAGCUGUUUAGUCCCAAUUCUUUGAGUCCUUUCACAUUGUGUGUGUGGAAAUGUUCUUACUUUCACUAAACCUAGCCAUGAGUUCUGCUGUUGAUUUCCUAUGAUCAUCUAAGAGUUUGUUCCGACCACAUUUGCUCUUGUAAGAUGAUGGUUCUCCACUCUCCUUCAGGUUUUAAUGAUGUAUUGAACAGUUCUUAAUAUCAUUUUAGUAGUUUCAGAAAUCUCCUUAGUUGUUUUCUUUGAUUGAUGCAGGACAAUGAUUUGAUCCUUCUGAGACAGAUUAACAUCCUUUCCAGGACCACAGGACAUGUCUUCUGACAUGGUUGUUUAAGAAAUGAGAAGCUCCUCACUGCAUCAGCUAGAGUUAAAGAAGUUGUUUCACCACUGCAGUAAUUAUCCAAUGGAAGGAUCUCAUCUAUUUGUUUAGUUAAAUCCAAAUGGCGACUUUUUUUGGACAGGCAGUGUAUAUUCGUCAAAAAACUUGGGUCUUGCACAGCUAUUGGGGCCUGCUGUAAUGUGUUCAUUAAGGAGGCUCUUACUUUGAAAUUUAGUUCCACCGGUGCGUGUCCUUUGCCUCACCCUUUACUCUGCUGUCAGGGAGGGCUUUUUCACAGCGUCUCGCCGUCUUCAGAGAUGUUUUCGGGAACUUUUUACGCGUUAUUAGCGGGUUUUCUGGGUGCAGCUGCCUCUCUGUCCGCUAAGCUGUCUCUGGGAGCGGACUACCUGAGGGAGAUGUGUGAGUCCGGGCUGAGCGGCUGGACGGGACCCUCCUGCUGUGACUGGCUCCACAUCCCCCUGCGGCUGCUGUGUGGAGGUCUGCUGUUCAUCUGUAAUGCUGUCAUGUGGACCUUUUUCUCCAAGGCUCUCCGUCUCUGCUCCUCUUCAGCCGGGGCCACUGUCACCACCACCGCAUCCAACUUCAUCUCCUCUGGCCUGCUGGGGAGGCUCAUCUUUGGAGAGUCCCACGCAGCUCUGUGGUGGAUGGGAAUCUCUCUCACUCUGUGUGGACUUCUGGUGCUUCAUGGCUCCACACCGCAGACUGUCUCACAGGAGGACAAAAAGGACAAGUGAUGCAGCGUUUGGCUUGUUAGAAGCCUGCUGUGGAAGCACUUCCUCAGGGGCACAUACUGGACUGUCUUAGACGCACAAAAGUGUAAAUAUUGCAUGUGAAAGGAGGUGAGUAAGUGUCUUAACAGCUGAGCCUGUUGCUGACUGGGUCAUUGAGAUGUGCAGAUUUGGGACAGCUUCAUGUAAAAUCUUUUUUUCCUCUUGAGUUCCAUUAAAAUUUAGAUUUUUUUCAGUUUUUUUCACAGCAAAUGUGCUUUAUGUCACAUCUUUUUCUGGAGUUUCAACAGAACUUUCUUCAUAUUAGCAGGGAGUGAUGCUGAAACUUUGAUUUCACAGUAAAUGUGUGAUUUUUAUUGUAUUUGUGUCAGAAUUACCGACAGUCUGUCACAAAGUUGGGAUCACAUUUUAUUGUUGUCAUUUUUACAAACACAGGUUGGAGGUUGUACAUAUUCCAAACCACACAGUGCUCUGUUUUGUGAACUUCCAAGAUAACUGGAACUGUGAGCAGGAUUUACAUUUUCAGUUGAUACUAUUUAUUCCAAUCAUCUUAGAGCAUUUCAAAUCCACAUAAAGUUCAUAUAGAGAAAGAUUUCUCAUCUCAGAAUAACAGGAAUUUAAUAUCUAGAGUUGAAUGACAGGACUUUACUUUGGCGCCUCCUUGUGGUAGUUUAAAGAAUGACACUGCAGAAAGCUUGGCUCACCAGCACGUAUGAAAUAACAUCAAGCUUUCAGGGUCUAAACCUGUUCUGCUCAGGGUCUUUUGAUUGCUACUGAUAUAUGAAAGGGGCAAAGUCAAACUGAAAUAUUCCUGCUGCUGUGUGGAAACACUCGGGCCAUUUAUUGCAAACCUUUUGGCUGUGAAAUGUGAUGUUUCCUCCAAUGAUAACAGAACUAUGUACACUAUCAAUCAGAGUGUUGGACACACCUUCUCAUUCAGUGCUUUUUAUUUAUUUGUAUUAUUUCUACGUUAUAGACUAAUACUGAAGAUGAACACUUUUUUGUCUACAACAUCAUUCCAUAUGUAUUCUUUUAUAGUUUUGAUGUCUUCAGUAUUGAUCUACAAAGUAUAAAAUGAUGAAAUAAAAACCACUGAGUGAGCAGGAGUGUCCAGUCUUUUAGCUGGUAGUACAUACAGGCCCGUCUCCUUGCAGCUCCACCGGCUGCAGUGGUCAGCUCUUGUUCGAGGCAUCAGAAACAGGAACGGCACGAUAUAAUGCACUCUAGUAAUUGAACAAGUGAACUUUGAGUUAAAAGAAUGGAGACAUAAGCUUUUCUGCUUUCUUAGAAAUAAUUAAUGAGAAGUUUGAUACCACUUUAUUUAAAAAAGGCUGCAACAAGCAGAUCCUUAGCCUAGCUUAGCAUUAAGUAUGGGGGAAAUUCAAGAUGUAGAUCAGAUAUAACCUGUUGAUCAGUGAGCUUUAGACAUGCUGCGAGGUCAAAAUAGUUCCACAGAGCUGAGCUAACUGGUUUCCUGUUCUUUGCUGACUGAAGCUAACCUGCUACUGGCUGUAGGUUCAUAUUUAACAUGGAAUUAAUCUUCUCAUUCAAGUCUCAGCAAAAAAACGGCCGAGGGGUUUUCACUAAAUGUUGGACUAUUCCUUUAGGUUUAUUCUGAAGGAAUUUUGUGUUAAAUAGACCCAGAGUAUUUUUUUUUCAUUUAAUCUGUCAAACAAAAUCAGCAACUCAAGGCAGUCUGAAACAUUUGCUGCUCAUGUGUAAAUGCUCAUUUUUCAUCUGUGUAAAUACCAAAGAUGUAAAACUACUGAUAUAUUUGUAAUAAACAGAUUCAGUUCUCA